CAGACACUUGGUGAGCCUACAAACUAUCAGGACAGAUAUGACAAACGACGCGAAGCAAAAAGCCGACAAUGCGGCUAACAGUGACGGUGAAGAAGAAGAGGACGUGUUUCACGAUGCGCGCUUCCCCGCCGAAGAAGAAACGCGACUCUUAGAAGAAUCCCAUACCAUCAAAGCUGAAGCCAAUAAACUAUUUACCGCAGCGUGUUAUGACCAAGCUAUCUCGUGCUACGACCGCGCCCUCGCCUCAUGCCCCAACUACCUCGACUACGAAGUCGCCGUUCUGCGAAGCAACAUGGCCGCAUGUUAUCUAAAACUCGAAGACUGGAAAGCGUCUGUCGACUCAGCGACAGCAUGCAUCGAUCGCUUGGAUAAGGUGAUUCCUCCUGCGACAGGGGCAGCAGAUGCGGAGGGUGUCAAGGGAAAGCAGCCGCAAGAGUCGAGUGGCGAAGACGCCGUAGUCGAGAUAACGGGUGAUGAUGAUGAAGCCGAGGAAGAGCUGAAGAGGUUACAAAAAGAAGAUGAGAGGAAACGGGAUGUGCUGCGUAUUCGCGCAAAGGCGCUCAUGCGACGGGCGCGGGCGAAAAUGCAGCUCGGCGGCUGGGGGAACCUGCAAGGGGCGGAAGAGGAUUAUAAGGAACUGGCUGCGAUGGAUAAUCUUCCACCGGACGAUAAGCGUGUUGUGCAGAAGGCUCUUCGGGAGUUGCCUGCGAAGAUCGGUCAAGCGAGGGAGAAGGAGAUGGGGGAGAUGAUGGGGAAGCUCAAGGAUCUGGGUAAUGGAUUCCUUAAGCCGUUCGGGCUGUCGACAGAUAACUUCAACUUUGUGCAGGAUCCGAAGACGGGUGGAUAUAGCAUGAACUUCCAGUCAUGAACUUUCAGUUGGUUGAUGUGCUGAUAGAUUUGCUCUUUUUGGUGCAUCGCGGAGUUUGGAUUCAUGAUAGUUGAGCGUCAUAUAAAUUAG